UUGCUGGCCGCACUUGCGGACGCACUGGACUCUCCUGCUGCUGCUGCUGCUUGUCGGUCUUGGGGAGGCUGGCUCAGCUGCGGGCCGCAGAAACAGCAGCAGCAGCAGCAGCAGCAGACGCUGCAGCAGCUGCUGCUGCAGCUGUGGCUAGCCGAGCAGCAGCGCUUCGGGUGUAUAUCCACCUCAGGAGAAAUCAAAGACCUUAACCGCCCGCUGCUGCUGCAAUGUCUCUCCACUUUGGGCCCUCAGCAGCAAACCCUAGACAUUCGCAGAGUCUGCAGGCCUCCAGCGGAAGAUAGCGAAGACUACAGCGAAGGAGCAGCAAAGCCCUGGGAGGUGCAGCUCCCCGAAGGGCUGAUGGCUAUGAGGGCUGCUGCUCGCAGGCAGUCAGACGACCUUCGCUUUGAAUUAUUUGUUUGCCUUCGCAAGUUGGACGCAGCAGCAGCAACAGCAAAUGAAGGGACAGGUGCAGCAGCAGCAGCAGCAGCAGCAGACGACAGCGAAGAGCUGACAGCAGCAGCAGCGCAACAGCAAAUAUUCAUUAGAGCAGGAGAGAUACUCUGGCGCCUCGACGCCCUCACCGAGACCAAAGACGCCCUGGCAGGUACGCAGCUGGCUAGCUAG